AUGGAGAAUUCUAUUGGUGCUGGCUCUGGUCUAGGUAGCUUGGUUGAUGUCAAAACUCGCCUCCUGAUCUGUUCCCGUGACACUGUCUUCUAUAAUACUGCUCAACACCUAACCCGAGUGCUAGCCCCAUUAGGUAAAUCCGCUAAAUCGUUCAUUUUGGACUCUAGUGAAUUUUGCAAAAAACUCUGUGAAAUAUCGGACCCUGGUCCCAUCGUCAGUUAUGAUGUAGUAGACUUAUUUACUAAUGUACCACGAGAAGAAGCCCUCCUUGCCUUGCGACAAAGACUCAACAACCUUGACGAUCCCCUAGACACCAGCCUCACCAUAGACUCCAUAAUCAGCCUAACCUCUGCCUCCAUUGAUUCAACCUACUUCACCUGGGGUGAAGACAUCUUUGAACAAAUACAUGGACUGCCAAUGGGUUCGCCACUAUCACCCAUUCUCAGUGAAAUAUACCUCACUGACCUAGAAGAGAAAGCCCUACUGACUUCAUUUGUGAAACCUAUGUGUUGGCAUCGUAAGGUUGACGACACGUUUGUCAUCCUCCAUCCCGGCCAAGAUCCAGAUCAGCUACUACAACAUCUAAACAACCAACACCAACGCAUCAAAUUUACCAUGGAACCAGAAACGAACAACAAACUGCCCUUCCUAGACGUCCUUGUAUCCCGCACCCCUACCAACACAUUCCAGACCACCGUGUACCGCAAGCCGACGCACACCAACCAAUAUGUGAACUACCAGUCCAACCAUCCACCACAGGUGAAGGCUGGCAUAAUAUCUACACUCACCAGGAGAGCUAAGAACAUCUGCUCCAUUAAUCGUCAAGAGGAAAUAAAUCAUCUCAAAGAAGCGUUCAUUGACCACAAUGAUUAUCCACCCCAAUUAGUCAACAAGACAAUUAGUCAAUUAGUUAGCCAGCACCAAUAA